CCGACUGACCCCACUGCUUUUCUUACAUCCAUUAUCUCACAAUCUGAGUAUCUCUGUUGAUACCUUACUUUACCUCGACCGUCAGACAAGAGCUCUUAGCUCUCCGGCGAGAUAGUAUCCAUAACAUCACGCACAUGAUGGAGAAGACUCAAACCGCGAUUGAGGAACUGGGUAACGAGUCAAUCGAGGCUUCCGCAGAGUCUACAAGAAUAAAUCACGGCGGUACAGCAGCCUGGCUCUGUGCCUUUGGCGGAUUCAUGAUUUCAUUUACAUGCUAUGGUGUCGCGAAUACUUUCGGCGUGUUUGAAGACUACUAUUCAGCUAACCAAUUAUCCAAUGAAUCCCUGAACAAUAUAUCAUGGAUUGGUUCACUACAACUUUGCUUAAUCCUGCUAGUUGGGUGUGUCUCUGGACCGCUGUGUGAUGCAGGGUAUUUCAAGCAUUUGAUUGGAUUUGGGGGACUCUUAUUCUUUUUCUGCUUGAUGAUGACUUCGAUUUCUAAGGUGUACUACCAGUACAUCCUUAGUCAAGGGGUUGGGGUUGGACUUGCACAAGGCUUCCUAUUCACUCCUGGCAUGGCCGUCCUAACUCAUCACUUCAAACGUCAUCGGACUCUGAUUUUCGGAAUAUUUGCUGCUGGUGCAUCAAUCGGCGGUGUGAUACUUCCUAUUGCUUUGCAGAGACUUUUCGAGGAAGUAGGAUUUGCUUGGGGAGUACGCAUACUGGCAUUCAUCGUUCUUGCUUGUGUUGGAACGGGAUUUAUAUGUUGUACAACGCGAUUCCCACCUAGGAAAGGAGGUCGAGUGUUGGAUAUCCGAGUCUUCAGAUCGCCCUCGUAUACUCUUCUUGUUUUGGGCGCGGGUUUUGUCGGCUUGGGCCUAUAUGCACCCGUAAAUUUCGGUGUAGUCUAUGCGACGGACCAUCAAAUGUCUCAACAAUCAGCGUUCUAUUCUCUUGCGAUUCUUAACGCCGGAUCUCUCGUUGGCCGCACGCUCCCGAAUAUACUGGCGACCAUAUUUGGGCCUUUGAAUCUACUCAUCGUGGCAUGUACUGCAUCGUCCGUUUUGUUGUAUAUAUGGUUUCUGGCGACUGGAAACGGGGCUAUGCUCGUGUUUGAGGCGAUAUAUGGAGUUACCAGUGGAGCCUACGUGUCCUGUCUACCUGCUGCAACGGCAAGUUUAUCAAAAAAUCCCAAUGAAACUGGGUUACGACUCGGAAUGAUGUUUUUCUCAACAUCUUUCUUCUGGCUUUGGCUCCACAGUUAUUCUAGGAGUGCUCUUCAUGCUUUUUUCGCGGUUUUUGGUGCGGAAGGAGAAUCAUACAUGGAAAGUUUGACUAUACAUCGACGGGGAAACCGAAACUUUCGGAUCCUCGUUUUCAUGAGUAACGGAAGAAGGAAUGUACUUGAACGAAAGUUAUUUGCGACAUCGUCAAGCUCUACGACUCUCUGAGUACGGCAGGAGUACGGAUUGCCGUUUAAACGUUUACAAACUUGGAUUUAGAAUUGAGAAAUGCCGGUAGAUAUCGGCAAAAUUUAACUCGCGAGUUUCGGACGGACGUCGGAUAUGUUCCCGCCAAUGUGAAUUUCAACAUACAUCCUUUAUCUUCAACCACGAAGUAGCACGAAGUCGCCUUAUAUUGGCUUAUGAUCUGUGAUCUUCUUCUUCUUGUCGCUCAACU